GAUGCCAAUGAAGCAUUUACUUUCUUUGAUGGGUUGGCGGAGGAAUCCCGAUCUUGGGAAGCUCCUCCCCUAACCCGACAUGAGGUUGUGCCAAGCUCUAGUGGCAAGUUUGUGUUGAAUGAAAAUGAUGAUGUGCAUGCUAAGCUUGCUUUGUUGUCCAAGAAAUUGGAGUCCUUAGAGUCACAAAAGGCCCCUAUAAAUGCAGUUGGUGUUGAUGAACAAGUUGCUUGUACUUUGUGUGAAAGUAGGGAUCAUAGGACGGAUGAGUGUAAUGCCUUACCGGCUUGUAAGGAAGUCCUAUUUGGGCAAGGUUACAAUGGGAACAAUUCUCAGAACUUUAGGAAGCCCUACCCUACCAAUCACCAAGGCAACAAUUCGUACAAUGAGAAUUACCCUUGGAGGAAUCAUCCAAACUUUGGGUGGAGGAAUGAUGGGAAUGUUCAAUCCCAAUCACUCCCCAAUCCACCCCAACAACAUUUGCCUCCUCCAAGUGUUGCACAACCACCUCCACAACCUUACAUUCCACCUCCUAAGAGGUCUCUUGAAGACACUCUUAACAUUUUCAUGCAAGCUCAAAUAGGGGAGAAUCAAAAGGCCACCAAAUUCCAAGAACAAACCAAUAGGGCCAUUGAGGAUAUUAAGAGUCAAAUCACUAAGGUCACCCAAGCUCUCACCACAUAUGAGAAGGGUAAAUUCCCAGCUCAACCAUACCCCAAUCCAUCCAAACAAGCCAAUUUACUAGAAUCUACUAGUGGGGGGGUGAGUGGACAUGAACAAGCCCAAUCCAUCCUCACUUUGAGGAAUGGACGCAUUGUGGAUAGACCCAUACCAAAUGAGAAUGUUGAUCAAAGUGCUCUUUUAGAUGCCAUCAAACAAGUUCCCUCGUACGCAAAGUUCCUCAAGGAUUUGUGUACCGUGAAACGUAAAUUGAAUGUGAAGGAGAAGGCUUUUCUUACGGAGCAAGAAGCUAAGCCCAUUAGACAAAUGCAAAGACGUUUAAAUCCGAACAUGAAGGAGGUAGUUAGGGGGGAGGUGCUAAAAUUGCUUGACGCGGGGAUAGUUUAUCCCAUAGCGGAUUCCAAAUGGGUAUCUCCUACCCAAGUGGUCCCCAAAAAGUCCGGAGUUACGGUAGUUCAGAAUGACAAGAACGAAUUGGUUCCCACUCGAAUUCAAACCGGGUGGCGUAUGUGCAUUGACUACCGUAGACUCAAUAUGGUUACUCGAAAAGACCAUUUCCCCUUACCCUUCCUUGAUCAAGUCCUUGAGAGAGUGGCGGGUAGAGCCUAUUAUUGCUUCCUCGAUGGGUAUUCCGGAUAUAAUCAAAUAGAGAUUGCCUUAGAAGACCAAGAUAAAACCACAUUCACAUGUCCAUUUGGAACUUUUGCUUAUAGACGCAUGCCUUUUGGGUUAUGCAAUGCUCCGGCUACCUUUCAAAGGUGCAUGAUGAGUAUCUUUAGUGACAUGGUUGAGAAGAUUGUGGAGGUCUUUAUGGACGAUUUCUCGGUUUACGGAGAUACCUAUGACCAAUGCCUUGCUAAUUUGGCAUGUGUGUUAAAAAGAUGUGAGGAGAGCCAAUUGGUUCUCAAUUGGGAAAAGUGUCAUUUCAUGGUGACACAUGGAAUUGUAUUGGGACACAUUGUGUCAUCCAAAGGGAUAGAGGUUGACAAGGCAAAAAUUGAAUUAAUUGAAAAGUUACCUCCCCCUACAUGUGUUAAAGAUGUGAGAUCUUUUUUGGGUCAUGCGGGUUUCUAUAGAAGGUUCAUUAAUUCUUUUAGUGCCAUUGCCAAACCUUUAAGUAACUUGCUUGCUCAAGAUGUCUCUUUUGAAUGGACACCACAAUGUCAAAAAGCCUUUGAUGAUUUGAAAGGUGCCCUAACCACCGCACCCAUUAUGCAAACUCCCGAUUGGAGUAUGCCCUUUGAACUCAUGUGUGAUGCAAGUGAUGUGGCGGUUGGGGCGGUCCUAGGACAAAGAAAAGAAAAAAAUGCUCAUGUUAUAUACUAUGCUAGUAAGACUUUGAAUGAUGCUCAAGUGAAUUAUACCACCACUGAAAAGGAAUUACUAGCUAUAGUCUUUGCUUUGGACAAGUUUAGAUCUUAUUUGGUUGGCUCGAAAGUCAUCAUCUUUACCGACCAUGCGGCUUUAAAGUAUUUGCUUUCAAAAGCGAAUGCCAAGCCUAGGUUGUUAAGAUGGAUUCUCUUACUUCAAGAAUUUGACCUUGAAAUUAAAGAUAAGAAAGGAGUGGAGAAUGUAGUGGCCGACCAUUUAUCUAGACUUCCCGGACAAAAUUUGAUUUCACAUGGCAUACCCAUCAAUGAACAUUUCCCGGAUGAACAACUCUUCCUCACAAAUGCCAUCUCUUCCAAAUUGACUCCAUGGUAUGCGGACAUCGCCAACUUUUUGGUGUCCGGAAAAAUGCCAUCUCAUUGGAGCAAGAUUGAUAGAUCCAAAUUUCUUCGCAAUGUGCGAAACUUCUUUUGGGAUGACCCCUAUUUGUUCAAGUAUUGUUCCGAUCAAGUGAUUAGGAGGUGCAUCCCCAAUAAUGAAACAAGUGGCCAAGCGGAAUUGGCAAAUAGGGAGAUUAAAAGUAUUCUUGAAAAAACUGUUGGUCCCAAUAGAAAAGAUUGGUCUUCAAAAUUGAUUGAUGCUUUGUGGGCUUACCGUACUGCAUAUAAGACUGCCCUUGGAAUGUCUCCUUAUAGACUUGUCUAUGGCAAGGCUUGCCACUUGCCGGUGGAAUUGGAGCACAAGGCCUAUUGGGCCAUUCGCACUUUGAAUGACUCCACCGAUCAAGUUGGGGGGCAUCGCAAACUCCAAAUCCAAGAGAUUGAGGAGUUGAGGAAUGAUGCUUUCGAAAAUGCCAAAAUUGCUAAGCUUAAAAUGAAAAGAUACCAUGACAAGCACAUUGUGAGGAAAGUUUUUCAUGAGGGACAAAAGGUUCUUUUAUACAACUCCCGGUUACACUUGUUUCCCGGGAAGUUACGUACCAAAUGGACCGGACCUUUUAUUGUCCGCAAGGUUUCCCCAUAUGGAAGCAUUGACAUUGAUGAUCCU